CUCCGGGCUCCCGGAGGCGGGUAGCUCAUCGGCGGGAUGAGUUUGGGGGGCCUCAGCGCCGCCUCCGGCGCGGCGGAGCCCCCGGGCCGAGCGGGGGCAGAGCUCGCCUCUCCUCCGCUGGUGCAGGGGGAGGAGAGAGACUCCCGGUCGCCCGUGCCCUCGGCCCCCGGAGCCGCCGCGCUCGCGCCGGGGGCCUGGCCGGGAGCAGCCGGAGCGGGGCGAGACCCUUCCCACGAUCGCCUCCGUGCCUGGCGGGCGCCCUCGUCUCGCCCCCCCGGUGCACCAUGGCGUCCCGCAUCGGGCUGCGGAUGGAGCUCAUGAAGCAGCAGGCGCAGCAGGAGGCCGAGCGGGAGCGCGUGCAGCAGCAGAUGAUGAUGAACUACAUGCAGCAGCAGCGGAUGCCGGUGGCGUCCACCCCGGCCAUCAACACACCCGUCCAGUACCAGUCCCCGCCGCCCGUGCCGGGAGAGGUCCUCAAGGUGCAGUCCUACCUGGAGAACCCCACCACCUACCACCUGCAGAAGUCGCGGGACAAGAAGGUCCAGGCCUAUCUCUCAGAAACCUACGGGAACAAGUUUGCCGCUCACAUCAGCCCCGUCAGCCACUCGCCAAAGCCGCCUCCCGCCGCCUCGCCCGGCGUCCGGCCCGGCCACGUCAUGUCCUCCUCGGCGGGCAACAGCGCGCCCAACAGCCCCAUGGCCAUGCUCAACAUCGGCUCCAACCCAGAGCAGGAGCUAGGUGAGGUCAUCGAUGACAUCAUGCGCCUGGAUGACGUUCUGGGCUAUAUGAAUCCCGAAGUGCACAUGCCCAACACGCUGCCCAUGUCCAGCAGCCACAUGAACGUCUAUAGCGGGGACCCCCAGGUGACCGCCUCCCUCGUGGGUGUCACCAGCAGCUCCUGCCCUGCUGACCUCACGCAGAAGAGAGAGCUGACAGACGCCGAGAGCCGAGCCCUGGCUAAAGAGCGCCAGAAGAAGGACAAUCACAACCUGAUUGAGAGACGGCGGAGGUUUAACAUCAACGACCGCAUCAAAGAGUUGGGGAUGCUGAUCCCCAAGGCCAACGACCUGGACGUGCGCUGGAACAAAGGGACAAUCCUGAAGGCCUCUGUGGACUACAUCAAGAGGAUGCAGAAGGACUUGCAGCGGUCGCGAGACCUGGAGAAUCACUCCCGGCGUCUGGAAAUGACGAAUAAGCAGCUCCUGCUCCGCAUCCAGGAGCUGGAGAUGCAGGCCCGCGUCCAUGGGCUGCCCACCUCCUCGCCCUCGGGCGUCAACGUGGCCGAGCUGGCUCAGCAGGUGGUGAAGCAAGAAGCCAGUGGAGAUGAGGGGACGAUGGAGCCACCGCUGCUGCCCCUGGACGCCGAGGCGCAGCCACAGCCCACGCUGCCACCGCCGCCCCAGUCUCCCUACCACCAGCUGGACUUUACCCACAGCCUGAGCUUUGAUGAUGGCUCCAGGGGCUUCCCGGACAGCCUGGACCCUGGCCACAACCUCUCCUUCCCUUCCCUAUCCAAGAAGGAGCUGGACUUGAUGCUGAUGCAGGACACCAUGUUACCCCUGGCUUCCGACCCCUUGUUCUCCGCCAUGUCCCCGGAGGCCUCCAAGGCCAGCAGUCGCCGGAGCAGCUUUAGCAUGGAGGACACAGACAUGCUGUGACGAGGAGCUGCUCUGGCGCUGGGGGCAAGGACUGGGCUAAAGAUUGGUUAGCAAAGUUACAGGGCCCUCUUCGUCCCCCGCCCGGGCGAGGAGGCCGUCCUGCUGAGCACUUGAAUCCACGUCGGAGUACAUCUUUCUCUAUGCAACAGCGGUCUCGGUUCAAGGCUGGCCGGGUGCCGUAACGUCUUUUGCAAGCUUCUUGCCAGGAACUCAAGCAGAUCUCGGUUUGCCACGGCAUUGGACUGACUGCAGAUUUCACAGCCUGGGAGCAUGAUCUCGGCUGCUUUGCCUUUCAUCAAAACCCUCCCAGACCACAUGCCUGAUCCAGAGCAAGGCUCAGUGCUGGAGCCAGCGGGAGCCUUAAAGCCCCUGGGAGCUGGUAGGAGAGGACCGGGCUGAUACUCGGAGGUUUUCCUCUGGCUCGCUGCCGACUUGCAGCCUCACUCUGUGAACCUGUGCUCCCUCCAAGCCUUCCCAAGCUGGGGCCUCUGAGCCUUGCAGACACCGUCAGCAGCUGCAUCACGUUGCCACGUCCCUCGUGGGGUUUCUCCGUCGCUUUUGUGCUGGUGGAGGAAGGAGCGGUGCUGCUCAUCAGCCGAGCACUGGGGCUGGGUGCUUCUCUGGGUAACGGGGCAGGAGGGAGAAGAGGUGCUCAAUUAGAGCAAAUUAAUUCAUGGAGCACGGGAGAUGUUUUCCAAGUGAGUUGGGACGGAGCCUACAAAUUCGGGUCUGCGUUGAGAACUUUGAAAAUGUCAGGUGUAGGGUGUCUGACUGAUGCUUGGUCCGUUUGAGUGAACCCUGGUUUUGGAGCAGUGCCCAGGUGAAAGCCUCGGUUUGCCUCUCUGUCUGAGGACACCCUGCUCAGCACCACAGGCAAUUCCCGAUCCCGGCCUCGGUGGCUGCCUGACUGUAGCACUUUGCAGGAGGUGUUGAGGCUGGGAUUCUCCUGGCCAGACAAGCCGGGUGAAGUCCUGAGCAUUGCUCCAGUGUCCCGGGGUUUGUGCGAACGUGAACCUCAGCAGCAGCAGCAUGUACAGCCCCCCACUGCGAACGACACCGUGUGGUGGGUCCUCUGCUUUUGAGGUUAUUCCCCUCUCCGGGGGCUUUGGCUACACACCACAUCCAUCCCCUGACCUCACGGGCUUCUGGAAAUCAGCCACAUGAGGCUAGGGGACCUUUGAAUGUCCUAGUGAAAGUCCCCGUGCCAGAGGCUGCCAUCCAGGUGGGACCUGCCUGGGUCCAGGCAGAGGAGGAGACACACCUCCACCCGUCCCUGGGUCCAGGCGGAGGAGAUGCACCUCCACCCGUCCCUGGGUCCAGGCGGAGGAGAUGCACCUCCACCUGUCCCUCUGCCAGCGAUAGGAGCUGCAUCCCCUCAGCUUGCCGCGAUGGAGGUGCAUCUCCUGCCUCCCGGCUCUGUCGUUGCAACGUCGCACCGUGGCUCUUCAGGUGGAAGGUGGAGGAGUUUUUAGGUGGUUUCUUUGGGAUGCUGCUUGAAAACGGACAGCCUGCCCCGUGUCUGGGCACGGAGGCGCGGCUGCGGCCGGGGAGGUGGUUUGUGCCCUUUGCCCGAUCAGAGCGACUGCCCCUUGCCUGGGGCUUGCAGGGCUUGUUCUCCCCGUCGCCGGCUUCGCCCCGGCCAGACCACGCGAGAGCGGCUUUGCCCGGUUUCCUGUCCGGGUCUUCUGCUUUCUCCGCACUGCUGGCGACGGUGCAGCCGUGGAGGGAGCUGGAGGGAGGAGGAGGGAGAACGCUGCUCGGAAAGCGUUCUCCGCUCACGCGCCGAGAGCGGGCGACGGCGCGGCCCCGCUGCCGGGGCGAGCGCCGCGGGGUCCCGCCGCGACGACGGGCGAGCGCGGCCGGCCGGGCGGCAGAGAGGCAGGGCUGGCGGCGGCGCGGGGCAGGGGCAGGAUCUGCACGGAGGCACUGCAAGUGGGAACGAGAGGGAGCAAGGGAGGGAGCAAGGAAGUGCAUCGUACGAGCCCUGGAGCUGCCCGGCUGCAUGUCGCCGAGCCCCCAGCUGCGGGGCUGCGGGGGGAGGAGGCACCGGGGGGGGGGGGUUCGGUCCAGUGGGGUUCUCCGGUCGGGAUGCUCCGGUCGGGAUGCUCUGGUCGGGAUGCUCUGGGCGAGGGCGGCUUUUGCAGCAGGGAAGGGGGCGAAGGCAGGAGGCGGCGGGAGCUGGCGUGGGUCUGGGCGGCCGCGGGAAUGGGGCCGCGUCAAGGUGGACGUGCCAAGUCACUAGUCGCUUGGGCUUCUUUUAGCCGGGGACGUUACGAUGGACCCUUGCUGGCGGCACGCGCCGGGUACCGCCGGCGUGCUUCGGCGCCGGGGCUGCACGCGCUGCGGCGCGGAAGGCACCGCGGCCUGGCCGCCGCUCGGCCCGAGACGUGGUGUCUCCCCAGGCUGCAAGCACACAGUUGUGGAUUUUUUUUUUUUUAUGUUUUGGGUUUUUUGUUUUUUUUUUUUUAAUGCACUGUGCUCUGAUUAAAAAAUUUUACUACUGUUUUAUAAAUAAAUGUAUAAAAGAAUGAACUGGAAUGGCAGAAGAAUCAUUAAAAUAUAUUUAUUUACAACCUC